AUUAAAGUUCGGGUGAGCGGUCUCGCGCCUGGGCGAAUGUUUCAAGAUGGCGGUCACAACAAGGGGCUUUCUACUUGUCACCGUAUGGUCGAUGCAGUUCCUGUGUCUCUUGGCUUUCCUCAACAUCGAAGAGCUGAACGAGAUGAAAUACGGCAUCGAAAUCCUCUCGGACCCUAUCAUUAAAGGACAGACUAAAUCGGAUGAUGUUGUCAUAGUUUCUUCCAAAUAUAAGCAGAUGUAUGAGUGCAGGCUGCCGGUUCAAGCCAUGAAAUUUCAGCAGGAAUCUGAAGAUGAAACACAGUCCUACUCUGGGCUAGAGAUCUCUGAGCUGUUGAAACCAAUGCAGGCAGCCCCUUGUCUUGUAAAGACCAAAGACUGGUGGACGUAUGAGUUUUGCUAUGGCCAGCAUAUCAAGCAGUAUCACACAGAAGAUUCUGAAGUUAAAGGAGAUGUGAUGUAUCUUGGGUUUUAUGAAUCUGAAUUUGACUGGAACAAUGAAACUGCAAAGGCUUCAAAGCAGCAUAAAUUGAAAAGAUAUCACAGUCAGAAUUAUGUGAAUGGAUCCAAGUGUGACCUGAAUGAGAAGCCAAGAGAGGCUGAAGUGAGGAUUCCAAUGAUGUGUGAAGGAAGCCACAGAUGUUAUUUUGAUGUCAACAGGAUUUCCAUGGAACAACUCCCAAAAGCAGACCAUGUUUGGCUGUUUUAUGAUGGUGCCUCUGGGUUUAAGUUUUUGUUUAUGUGUGAGGAAGGAUCAGGGGAUUACAUAGCUCGAGUGGAUGAACCUCAGUCAUGUAAUUAUGUACUAACAAUACACACCACUCGGAUCUGCCAUCACCCUUACUUGCGUCCUGCUAUUGUUUCCAAGCCUCAACCAAUUAAAUGUCAACCUGCCCUCAGUCCAGAGCAGUAUGUUGAGUAUGUCAAGGCCCAAGUGACUGACACCAAACGCAAAGUAGAAAAAAUCUCAGAGGAGUUGAAAACUUUGGAUGAAAUGCUGUUGAAAGACCAAAGUGCACAGACAGAGGAGAAUGAUUUGACUCAGGAGCCUGAAAAUCAAACGGAGGAGCUUCUAGGCAAUGAUGAGAAAAUAUCGGAACUGGAAGGAGGUGAAACCUUAAGUUCACAUGAGGUGACUGAAGAGGAUGACUAUGGUGAGGAUUUCUGGAAUAAAAUCAGCAAACCAGAGACUGAGGAUGGUCCCCUUUCAGAAGAAAAGCUAGAAGAGGCUGAAUCUAAAUUGAGUGACACAGUUAAAGCUGAGGAUGACCACCUUCUGGGUGACCAAGGAAAGCAGAAAGUGCAAUUCAGAAUAACACGGAACCCUGAUGAUCUUCUGAAAUUGAUUCAAGAAUUAAAAGACCAGACUAAAAAGAAAGGUGAUGAGGACAGGGAUCCAACCACAGACACUUCUGCAGGGUCUUCUGACAAAUCCGCUGACCAAGACUUAUCAGCAAAGCAAGAGGAGAUGGUUGAUAUUGAAGAAAAUGAGCUUAUUAAAGACUUUGAAAAGGAACUGGAAGAUGUGUCCCUACCAAAAUCCAAGAUGUCUGAAAUUAAAAGGGAAGUGAAGGAAGAAAUGGAAAAAGAAUUUGAAAAUCUUAUUGAUGAAGCACAAGAUGAACUUGAAGCUGAAGGUCUCAAAGGGGAAUUUGAUCGCAAUCAAGCCUCCAAGACCUUGGCUACUACCCUAAACAAGCUCAUAGACAAGCUUGAAGAAAAAGAAAAUUCACACGGAGACGAGGAUAGGGACACAGGAAAGGGUAGUCCCAGUCGCUCUUCAAAACAGACAGGAGAAACUGAUGAAGAGACUGAGGGGCACGUUAAAGUCCGAGUCACAAAAAUCAACCCAGGCAGCCCACUACAUAAAGAAAUGAAAGUGCGUGAAAUGAGUGGCACAGACCCCCAGCUCAGGCAGAUUCAGAAUGUGGUGAAAGAGCAGCUGGAGAAAGCAGGAUUGAAAGCAGAAGGUAAAAUCGAAGUGAAGAUUGUAACAACCGGAUCACUUGGCGAUGAUGAUGAUAUGCACUGGCUAUCUGAAGAAGACACCAAAUCCUUCAGAGAGCUUCUCAUCAACUUACUGACCGGUGGUACUGAAGAGGUUUACAAAGAACAACAGAGACAACAGCAGUUGGAGGAUAAUUACCGUUUUGUGUGGGGGGAGAGCCAAGAAGAAGCACAAUCAUCGAGCACCACAGAUUCUGAUGAUAUGGACUUCUAGGGACACAUGACUUUUGGUAUAAACCAAAUACAUCUUCGGGUGUUAGCACAUGAACCAGUCAAUUUGCACUUUGCCAUGCAUAAUGGCAUAUUUGUGAUCACUGAUCACAAUAGAUAAUAAAUGAACCUGCAGAAGAAUGGUCAAAUAUUUGCAUUUUUAUUGAUAAGCUGAAGUGGAAUUUUAUGUUUGUCUGAUGCAGUCUUCUUUGUGGUGGAAAUGGUGUGUAUGGGUAGUACUUAAAAACUUAUGAAUGUGUUUCUUGGUAAUGAACCUAAUCAGCAAAACACCAAUGCAGUCAGACAUUCAUUCUCCUUGGUCUGCAGACAAAUGUGAUUCCAUAAGAGGUAAAGACUGUUCACUAAUUUGAAGAGUGAGCGAUGAAUGUAAUGUUUUUUGUCCCAAAAUGGAGUUGUCUCUUUUAGAUUGAAAGUAGAAAGCUGGAUAGGUGAAGAAUUGAAGAGUAAGAAGGCUGAGCAACCUGGUGGGAGAAAUCACUGGGAUUGCUACGCAUCAGUAUAGCAGUAGCAACCUGGACAGUAGAGCUUCAGAUAAAGCCAACAGUUCCAGUCUUUAGAUGCCAUCACUGGCUUCAAGCUAUUUGGGAGGUAUUUAUUUCCAGAUGGUAUUGUUUCUGCCAAAUUAACCAAAGUCAGAGACCAUAAACAGUUGCUUCCUUUUUUAAUUUCAGAACCAGUGACCAAGAUUUCCUUGUCGUAAUCUUGAAAUGGCAACUUGCUGCUAAGAAAAGUAGAGCCAAAAUGCAAAAUGAUCCACCUUCCCCUUAUUGGUUAGAUAUCAUGGCUGCCAGACAUUUGUCUCUGGCAGCUAAUCAUUCAUUUUAUUGAAAUUGGUGUAUAUGUUUGUUUGUUAUCCUUGAUUUCUUUUGUGCUAACUGCUUUGUAAUUCAAAGAAUAUGGAUUAGCUUUGUGAAUAAUGCAGCAGCUGCAAUGAAAGUUUGCCACACUUAGACCAAGUAGAUACCUACUUUCUCCAAUUCUUAAAAUAUUUGGGCAACACUGUGAUUGAAUAAUGUUUAAUAAAAAUAUAGUAUACAGUU